AUGGGCGUGCCACAUUGUUUGGUUGUCAAUUCUCUUCUCGUUGUACUUUGUGCAUCUGACAAUGCCAAAAAUGCAACUGAAUUAUUCAGUCUCUCGCAAAGAACUUUGCACUGCUCUUGCAGUAAAGAGGAGAAGAGUGCAGCCGCAAAGAAGUCUGCAGGGGGACAUUUAUAUCAUCAAAAGCGUGCUCGUAGAGGAUAUGCUCGAUUUGAGCAAGAUGUGAUCGAAGAGAUGGCUAAGAAACGCAUUUAUGUAUCAUCGGUUAGUCGAGCUCAACUGUGGAAAUUAAUGAGGACCAACAACAAAGGGAAUAUUCAGGAAGGGGCUAAAGAAGUUGCUAAGCGUAUAGAUUAUUUUAUGCAUCAAGCUGAAAAAGGAGAGAUUGAAGACACGGGUAGGCUAGAUGUAUUGUAUAAGGCAUUGGAGGAGAAACGAUAUGGUGGUCGUGUGAGAGGGGUUGGAGUUGGAGUGACAAAUACAGAUUAUUUUGGAGCGAUAACAACUAGAAAAGAGUAUAUGGAUCAAGUGACAAAAUUGUGCUCACGGGUUAAAAUCUUGGAGCGGGAAAUAAAGGAUAUGAAGAGAAGAAAGCCUAAGGGAAGAAAGAAUCAUUCGGUGGAGGAGGAGGAAGACGAGGAGGAGGAGGAGAAAGACGACGAGGAGGAGAAAGACGAGGAGGAGGAGGAGGACGAUGAAAUGGACGUCGAGGAGGAGAAUCUUGAUGGCUUAAUGUUAGAUCACAUUCAGGACACACCUAUCUCUAGUUCUCCUGAGAUCUCAUUGUGGACCGUGAUCAUUGAUAUAAGCAGUCAACAGAUGAGCAACAGCAUACUGCAGUCAGCAGCAUACUGCAGUCAGCAGCAGCGUACUGCAGUCAGCAGCAGCAUACUGCAGUGA